AUGAUUAGACAAGUCAAUAAGAAAGCUCUUGCAAAUAACCUUCUCAAGAGAUUAUCUGCCGUUGGUGCAGCCACAACUGCUGGUUUUAGUAUCACUAAACAUUCAUAUCCUACAAGUACUACUGCUGUUUCAAAUCCAAGUUAUUCAAGAAACAUUCGUUUCUACUCCACUAAAUCUACUGUUAUCCAAUUAUUAAACAAUAUUGGUUCCAAACGUGAAGUUGAACAAUACUUGAAGUACUUCACUUCUGUUUCUCAACAACAGUUUGCUGUCAUUAAAGUUGGUGGUGCUAUUAUUACUCAACAAUUGAAUGAAUUGGCUUCUUGUUUAGCUUUCUUAUACCAUGUUGGUUUAUACCCAAUUGUUUUACACGGUACUGGUCCACAAAUCAACGAAUUGUUGGAAAAUGAAGGCGUUGAACCUGAAUAUAUCGAUGGGAUUAGAAUAACAAAUCCAAAAACCAUGGAAGUUGUCCGUAAAUGUUUCUUGGAACAAAACUUGCGUUUGGUUACAGCAUUAGAAAAAAUUGGUGUUCAUGCUCGUCCAAUCACUGCGGGGGUUUUCGAGGCUGAAUAUUUAGAUCAAGAUAAAUAUCAAUUAGUUGGUAAAAUCACCAAUGUUAACAAAUCUCCUAUUGAAGCUGCGAUUAAUAGUGGGUAUUUGCCAAUUUUGACUUCUUUGGCUGAAACUCCUCUGGGUCAAUUAUUAAAUGUUAAUGCUGAUGUUGCUGCUGGUGAAUUGGCUCGUCAAUUUGAACCUUUGAAAAUCGUUUACUUGAAUGAAAAAGGUGGUAUUGUUAAUGGUAACACCGGAGAAAUCAUCUCUGUUAUUAACUUGGAUGAAGAAUAUGACGACUUGUUGAAAGAAAGUUGGGUUAAAUAUGGUACUAAAUUGAAGAUCAAGGAAAUCCAUGAUUUGUUACAACACUUGCCAAGAUCUUCUUCUGUUGCUAUUAUUGAUGUUGAUGAUUUACAAAAAGAAUUGUUCACUGAUUCAGGUGCUGGUACUUUAAUCAGAAGAGGUUACAGAUUAAUCAACAGAAACUCAUUGAGAGAAUUUGGAAACCCAGAUUUGUUAAGAAAUGCCUUGUUGAGAGAUCCAGAAAUCAAAUCUGGUAAAUUGUCUGUUGCUUCAUACUUGAAAUUCUUGGACUCUGUUGAAUUUAAAAGUUAUGGUGAUGAACCAUUGGAAGUCUUGGCUAUUGUUAUCAAACAAGAUGAAAAAGUUCCUAAAUUGGAUAAAUUCUUGUCUUCCAAGACUGGUUGGUUGAAUAAUGUUACUGACAAUAUCUUCAAUGCUAUCAAGAAGGAUUACACUCAAUUAUGUUGGGUUGUUAGCGAAAACGAUGAUAACUUACCAUGGUACUUUUCUAAAUCUGACGGUUCUUUUGCUAAGAAUGGUCAAAUCUUAUUCUGGUACGGUUUAAAUAUCGAUGAAGCCGGUGAUUUGAUCAAACAAUUUGAUUCUGACGCAAUUGGUUCUUCUUUAUCUUCUGGUAAAGAAUCUGGUGUUUUCACUUCUCCGCAACAAAAACGUGGUUUACAUUCCAAAACUAAUCUUCCAUUAACUAAAGGUACUACUACUGAUAAAAAGAAAGUUGCUUUGAUUGGUGCUAGAGGUUACACUGGUCAAAACUUGGUUAAAUUGAUUGAUGACCAUCCAUAUCUUGAAAUUUCCCAUGCUUCUUCUCGUGAGUUUGAAGGUCAAAAAUUGCCAGGUUACAACAAAGACAAUGUGAUAUAUUCUAAUUUACAAGUUGAAGAUAUUAAAGACUUAGAAGAAAACGGUGAAGUUGAUGUUUGGAUCAUGGCCUUACCAAAUGGUGUUUCCAAACCAUUUGUUGAAACUAUUGAUUCUGCUAAAAACUCUAAAUCUACCAUUGUUGAUUUGUCUGCUGAUUACCGUUUUGAUACUACUGGAACUUGGGCUUAUGGUUUACCUGAAUUGAAUGAUAGAAAGAAAAUUGCCCAAUCCAGACGUAUUUCCAACCCAGGUUGUUAUGCCACUGGUUCUCAAGUUGCUUUGGCUCCACUUAGAGAAUUUAUCAAUGGUACCCCAACUGUUUUCGGUGUUAGUGGUUAUUCUGGUGCUGGUACUAAACCAAGUCCAAAAAAUGAUGUUACAUUAUUGGAAAAUAACAUGAUUCCAUAUUCACUUACAGAUCAUAUUCAUGAACGUGAAAUUUCUAAACAUUGUACACCAGUUUCUUUUGUUCCACAUGUUGGUGCUUGGUUCCAAGGUAUUUCACUUACUAUUAAUGUACCAAUUUCUCAAGGUUUAACAUCAAGAGACAUUAGACAUUUAUAUCAAGAUUAUUAUUCUGCUGAAGAAUUGGUUAAAAUCAGUGGUGAUAUUCCAUUAGUUAAAUCAAUUGCUGGUAAAAAUUGGAUUGAUGUUGGUGGAUUUGCUGUUAAUAGUGCCGGUGAUAGAGUUGUUAUUGUUGCAACCAUUGAUAAUUUAUUAAAAGGUGCUGCUACUCAAGCUUUACAAAAUAUUAACUUGACUCAAGGUUUUAGUGAAUAUGAAGGUAUCACCACUGCUUAA